UCUUGAGGAAAACCAUGUCUGCAAUAUAAUGCUCGUAUAGUGCUUAUCAGAAAUCCAACUUGAACAGGCAUAUGCAAACACACAAGAUAGGGUCUUCUAUCUAAAACUAGAAAUAUGAUUAAACAAAAAGAUUUUGUGUCUGAUAAUACAUAUAACAAAGAAACCUUAUCCAGGGGAAGAAGACAUUUUCGUGUCAUUGUUGUUGCUUGGCAUUUUCGUAAAACAUCUGAUGGAGGGUUCAUCUUUUCUCCCAUAGAAAUUCAGGUGGACCGGGAGGAUAGCUAUCAAUGGACAGAUGACAGAAGGAGAUCACAAGAGUGGCAAGUCUCUGCGUCCACUAGCAAGGUGCACCAAUGUCCCCACUGUGCCUACACCACUGUCUACAUUCACAUACUUAAAAGGCAUAUCCUAAAACACACAGGAGAAAAACCAUUCACAUGCCCUUAUUGCUCGUAUGAUACUACCCGCAGCGACCUCCUCAAGGAGCACAUCUAUGUCCAUACAGGACAGAAACCGUUUUCCUGCCCCUUUUGCCCUUAUACUGCAACCCGGAAAAACAUCAUGAGAAUCCACAUCAGUAAGCAUUCUGGGGAGAAACCUUAUGCAUGUACAUACUGUCCAUACAGAGCAUCAAAGAACUCAAGCCUGAAGAGCCAUAUGUUGACACACAAAACAAAAACCCAGUCUUCUUAAUUAUGUUUAAGCUGUGACUUAACCUCUUGAACCAGAAUGCAGGAAAAGUAGGUAACAUAGUUGAUGGAGAGGCUCUUUCAUAUCAGUUUUAGAUUAUUUUUGUAAUUUCAAGGACCAGAAGUACUUUAAAUGAUUGUUGUAAAGGGGUUGUCAGUAAUUGAGAUUUUACAAAGAACAGUGCAAUGUUUCAUUUUAGCUUCUUUUACUCUUUUUUAUAUAUUGAUAUUGUAUUUCUUAUGUGUAGGAGGAAGAGGUAUUUAUGUGAUGAUUGUUCUAUUUUAACCUCUUGGUGAUAUAAGAAAUAUGUAUUUGUUUGUCACAUAAUUAGAGUAAUUUAGUCCUGUUGUAAUUCCAUAAAUCAUGUUUAUUUCUCUUUUCUUUUCUUCUUUUUAAUAUGAUCAUAACAAUAUACACAAUGACAGCAGUUACAUGUUAUCAAAACCAUGUGUUUCUUCAUCAUUAGUAAAUGUUAUUUAGUUGGUAAAAUGAUGACAAUUGGAACUGUUUAAAAAUGUUAUGUAGAUUUGGACAU